AUGAUUGUCGAUGAGAAAUUAAAGAUGUGUAUGAAUAAUUUAGAACUAAUUUCGAGAUUUCAACCAUCUCCACCGUCAAUUGUUAGUGAAAUAAAAAGUGAUCUAUCUGGUGCAUUAGAAAAUGAACGAAUACUAAUUGAGCAAUCUGAAUCCGGCGAUAAUCACAUUUUAAUCUACUCAGAUGGCUCAAAAAUUAAUGAUCUGUCUUCAGCUGCAUUUUAUAUUCCAAAUCUGAGUGUAAUUCGCACGCAAUUAUUGGGAAAAUAUCACUCGUCAUAUUUUGUGGAAAUAUGA